AUGGAGCCUGUGGCUACAGAUUUACUGCACUCGUCCUCAGAAGAGGAAAAGAAAAAACGUGAAACGAAAUGGCUAGUUCAAAGACCAAAUUCCUAUAUUAUGGAUGUAAAAUGUCCAGGUUGCUCCAAGAUUAUCACGGUUCUCAGCCAUGCUCAGACUGUGGCUCUCUGUGGAGGCCCUUCAGCAGUGUCAUGCCAGCCCACAGGAGGAAAGGCCAGACUCACAGAGGGGUGUUCAUUUAGAAGAAAGCAACACUAA